GCAAUGUAACAACGGGGCCUUUACGACGUCUCAACGCGGACUACCUCCGCCAGAUGUGAUCUUUAAUCACACCUCAUGGUUUUCAGUUUCAUGCAUCACUCAUCUGUGCUGUUAAGUGCUCCACCUGUGCACCCACAGUGUGUCAAAAACAGGCUUCGACUUGGUCCGACUUAAUUGGCUGUGGAAGGAAUGUGGGUGCAUUGUUUUGGUUCUCGUUUGAUGGCCACAGGGGUUACGUUUAAAAAAAAAAAUCACAGCUUUCCCGUGAAACUCCGGCACACCGUUCAAAGAUCAUAUUUGGAAACAAGUUGCCUUUCAAAUCAACGCACAUUUCAUAUAUAGCCGUGCUUAGGGUAAGAAAUCUACAGCACAAAGGGUCGUGAGUGGUUUUGUCGUGUGCAGACUGAGUCGGAGAUGAUGUGAUGUGAUUCAGCACGUGAUCCAUGUGGUUAAAGGGAAACCAUAUAAGCAAGAGGAGAUGUGUCUGUGUGUUGAAGAGACCCGUUGCACGACCCAGACAGAAAAAACAGAGGCUGCUUCCUCCGUCUCAUCACUCAGUGGAUAACAUGGAGGAGACAUUCACAAUUAAUAUGACCACAGGAACUGAUUAUGCUGGAACUGAUUAUUCUGGAACUGACCCGACUGAAUACCCAGAUGACUAUGGUUCAGAGCCGACUGUAAACUCAGGCAUGUGUGGCAGGAGCUGGGUGAGGGAGUUCCGCGGGCAGUACGAACCACCUCUCUUCUGGCUCAUCUUCCUCCUUGGCGCCGUGGGCAACCUGUUGGUGGUUUGGAUCUACACCACCGUGCGCAACCGCCUGAAGACCAUGACCGACGUGUACCUGCUCAACCUGGCGCUGGCUGACCUCUUCUUCCUGUGCAUGCUGCCCUUCUGGGCUGUCGAUGCCAUCAAUGGCUGGCACUUUGGCAUCGGCCUCUGCAAAAUGGUGUCGGCGGUCUAUAAAAUCAACUUCUUCAGCAGCAUGCUCCUGCUCACCUGCAUUAGUGUGGACCGCUACAUCGCUAUUGUGCAAGUCACCAAGGCCCAGAACCUGAAGAAAAAGGGGCUGUUUUACAGCAAACUGGCCUGCCUGGGUGUCUGGUUUGUCUCCACUCUCCUGGCCCUCCCGGAGUUCAUCUUCGCCCAGGUGAAGACGGACCAAAGCGGGCAAUCCUUCUGUGUUCUGGUUUUCUGGAACAACGCGUACAACCGCACCAAGAUCCUGGUUCUGUCCCUGCAGAUCUGCGUGGGCUUCUUCCUUCCUCUACUAGUCAUGUUAUUUUGUUACUCGGUCAUCAUUCGCACACUUCUGCAGGCCAAGAGCUUUGAAAAGCACAAGGCCCUACGCGUCAUCUUUGCUUUGGUGUUUGUGUUCGUUCUCUCUCAGCUGCCUCACAACGGCGUGCUGAUAUUGGAGGCCACGCAGGCCGCUAAUACUACCAUCACCAAUUGUAACACCGUGUAUGGGUUCGAUGUAGCCGGACAGAUCGCCAAGAGCCUGGCGUUUACUCACGCCUGCCUGAACCCAUUCCUGUACGUCUUCAUUGGAGUGCGCUUCAGACAAGACCUCGGGAGGAUCGUGAAGAAGUGUGCUGGCGGUCUGAGAAAAGGAGGGCUCAGUAAAAUACAGGCAGUUCCCAAACGUCCCUCUGUCAUGUCAGACACUGAUACUACACCUGCCCUUUCUAUAUAAAGGCCCAUUUUCCUAAAAUCCUAAACCUGAAUGUUUACAUUCAGUUUACAUUCAUAUUCCAACGGUCACAAUCACAAUUGUUCUGGAUUCACUGUAUUAACUGUACAUUUCUGUAAAUACUUUUUUAAAGUGUUUGUAUUUUUACAUUUUUUUCUCUUCCCAUCAUGUAUUUGUCGUGUGCUGCUGUAACGAAAUAAAAAAAACUAAACAAUUGUAAUUUAGAUUUUCACGUAAAAAAAAACAACAUCAAUUAAAAAAAAAUGACAAAAGCA